AUGCAUGUAGUGAAGGCGGGGAAUAUGAAACCAGGGUCCAUGCGGCGGAUUGAGCGUCUUCCUGAGAGUGUAGUGAACCGCAUUGCCGCUGGUGAAGUCGUGCAGAGACCGAGUGCCGCACUGAAGGAAUUGCUGGAAAACGCCCUGGACGCUGGGAGUACAUGUGUGCAAGUACUUGUGCAGGGCGGAGGACUGGAGGUGCUGCAGGUGAGUGAUGAUGGAAACGGUAUUCACUAUGAGGAUCUCCCGCUUCUCUGCGAGCGGUAUGCCACCAGUAAACUACGAGUCUUUGAAGACUUAACUCGCAUUAGUUCCUUUGGAUUUCGUGGUGAGGCGUUGAGUUCUAUUUCUUACGUGGCGAGAGUGACUGUCACGACGAUGCGACGUGAAAAUAAUGAAAACUCAAUAAAUGAAGCCGUUCACACAACAACCCCAUCAUCAUUAUCAUCCACAAUAGGAACAGGAACGGGAACGGGAUCUGGUGCGACAUUAGCAUGGCGUUGUCAUUAUGUGGAUGGAAUAAUGCAGGGAAAACCAAAACCGUGUGCGGGUAAUCCAGGCACAUGUAUUCGUGUAGAGAAGAUGUUUUACAAUGCCGCUGUGCGUCGACGUGCACUUAAUAAACCUUCUGAGGAGUACAGUCGUAUUGUGGCUGUAUUAUCACGAUAUGCUUUGGCAUUUCCAACUAUCGCCUUUUCCUGCCGUCGUGAAGAAGCGAGUAAUAACAGUAAUAGUUGUGGUAGUAAGACAGAUAUCUUUUUUCCCAAAAAUUCUACAACUUUGGCCAAUAUUAGGCUUUUCUACGGUGCUGCCAUUGCAUCUCAUCUACAUGAAUUAAAAUGUGCUGGAACUACUAUAAAAACUCAAACGGCUAUUUCUGAUAUUGAUAAUGUACUAUCAAUAUCAGGAGUUGAAGGAGAAGGUGUUUUUCUUAUAUCCGGAUAUACCAGUGAUGUGGCACUUGUCAAUCGCAAACCAUAUCUUUGUGUAUUUGUAAAUAAUCGUCUUGUGGAGAGUUCUGUUAUUAAGCGGGCAAUAGAUACUGUUUAUAGUGGUAUAUUGGUAGGGGGUAAUCGCCCCUUUACAGUGCUCUUCAUCACUGUUCCACCAGAUCGUGUGGACGUAAAUAUUCAUCCUACAAAACAUGAAGUAUGUUUAUUGGAUGAAGAAAUUAUAGUUGCACGACUCUCAGAGUCUGUACGGGAAGUGUUAAUGAUUACAUCAGCUCGUCGUCAGAUCGAUACAAGGCAAAUGAUGUCGAAAGCCGUUUCAUUAGGAGAGAGAGGAGUACAAGUUCAACAGUUAUCAUCAUCACAACGCUCUAAUAUGAUAUCAUCUGUUGGUGCUAGUGGUAAUGGAAUAGCAGUAGCACCUUGUACAGUUGUACGUGUGGAGCCACAACGUGGGGCCCUUGAUGCCUUUAUGCUUCGACGUCUUUCAGCCCCAGAAGAGAAAUUAAAAAGUGAAGAGACAAUACAUGUAAAAGAUGAGAUGAGGGAAAAUGGUAUGAGUAGUAGUGAUAAGGGAAAUAACAGAGAUGAUAUUUUAACCGUUAACAAGGAAGAAGUUAUACCUCAAGUGAAACAAGAUAAUCCAAUAAAAAUGGAAGAUAGGACUACUACUACAGUAUUCUCUACAGAAGGAGUACUAGAAAGAACAACAGAGACAGAAACAACAACAACAACAAGAACAGACAUGGAAACAAACAAUCAUAAUAUCAAUACAAACAUUACUAGUUCUCUUGUUGCCUCCAUAAUGAAAUUAGGUACUCUCCUUGAUGAUGAUGGGAACACUCUCGAUGAUGAGAUGGAUGAGGAAGAUGGAGCCGGUUAUGUGAUGCAGCAUUUUAAACGGCACAGAAAAGAAAUUCAAGAGGCUGUUGGAAUGCCAGACGAGAGUAGUAAUAAUAAUAAUAAUAAUAAUAAUAAUAAUACUACAAUCCCAACAGCAGCACUAACAACAACAACAACAACAACAACAGAGACUGUUGAUCCCAGUCAUAGUUCAGAAGUAGUUCCCGAUGCACGAGAGGAUUUACUAUUAACAAGUGUAGCCACUAUUGUAUCUCACAUUCGCCAAGCCACAUCUCCCACGGCUCAAUCACUCUUUGAACAGUUAACAUAUGUGGGAGUAUUAAACAACUCUACAUUUCUAGCACAGUCUGGAACAACACUUUACGCAAUAGAUACAUUGCGUCUUGUACGACUUGUAGUCUACCAACGUAUAUUCCUGCGUUGGGCCGUAGCUUCACUUCCAACACCACCUCAAGUGGUAUUGCGAGAUCCCAUACGUGUUUCGGAUCUCUUAUGUUUUGCUAUUCAACAUGAUGUUCAACCAAAAUGUGAAACUUCUUUUUCUGAAGAAGAAGUGGAACGAACAAUUAGACGAAUGGAUCGACGUCUUCGACAUUGGCGUUGUAUGCUGAUGGAAUAUUUCGCUAUAGAGAUUUCAGAGGAUGGACAUUUACUGGCAUUACCAUUUGGGUUAAAUGCAUCUUGGCCACCAGUUCCACGAGUCAUUCCACUGUUUAUAUGGAAACUUGCAGCAGAAGUGCCGUACGGAGAAGAUGAGGUGGAGUGUUUUACUGCAAUUGCCCAACACAUUGCAAACACAUUAUAUGGAUUAUCUCUCCAUGAUAGUUGGAUGUUAACUAACUCUGCGAUAUCAUCUGAUCCUGAGACUACUGGUGUUGCUGGUGUUGGUGUUGUUAAUUAUUCAGCAUCUUCUUCUUCUACUUCUCCUUCGCCUCUUACGAGUGGGGAACAGGAGAGUGUGCCCUCUUAUAUAGAUGCCAUUCGCUUUGGACUUGUUUCCUGUGCGACGAGUGUGAAGUUCUUUAUCCCACCAGCCGAUAUAUUGAUAGAUGGUUCACUCCGGACAGUGGUCUCAGUGGAGGAGCUCUACAAGGUGUUUGAGCGUUGCUGA